UGACAGUAUAGACAGCUGGCGUAGGAGUGUCCAGCUGCUGGGUGUCGCUGCUGCUGCUGCUGACCAGCGCCACCAACCGUCGGUGCAAGUAUUGCAACCACAGCCGUAUUCCCAGCCGCACCCUCGCAGGCCGAGUCAGGAAUCCGACUUGUUUGCCGACCUCAGCACCCACCACAAGGAACUCGACGAGUACCUCCGCCGCCGCACACACGUCUCGCGCCGGAGCAUCGCCAGCGCGAGAACGACCACAUCGUGCCUCUCACGAUAUCCCUCUACUGUCCUACCCGCCGCCCCGCCUCUGCCCUUUUCUGCACGACAGCUUCGCAGCGACGACACCGACGCCGGCGCCAGCACUAGCAGCCACGACGUCGACGACGACGACGACCAAGACGGAGGCGAAGGCGAGCGGAGGCAAGACGACAGCGCUGCCCCAGUCAACCGCGAGAAGCUGCCCUGGACUGACUGGGAUCCAUACGCCCCGGGCAGCACGCCCUCGUCGACGCCGGAGCUUGCCAGUUCGGGUACGUCGAGCCCGCCCGGCGACGAGGUCAAGCUCUCGCCCUCGAGCGACAAGUUCGACGAGGACGGCGACGGCGACGAGGACGGCAACAACGAGGCUCGCGGUGACGAGUACAUGUUCGCCGCCAUCGACCUGGGCGCAGCCAUGUUUCUCGAAAAUGGUGGCAACGCCAACGUAAAUACCACAAUGACCACCACUACCACCAACAACGACACCACAAACCCCGGUUCCCUUUCCAGGAGGUUGCCCAGCACCAUCACGCCGCCCGACGACUCCAGCCGCGGUCAUCUGCAGAACCUGCUGCAGUCGACGUCAAGGGUCGAGCGGGUGUGUCUGGUUGCACCGCGUGCAGGGCCGUUCGAGGGGCAAUUCGUCGCCCUGCUCACAGAUGCCACCUCCCUCCUGCGGCCCGGCCAGCCGGCCGACAGCAGCGAUGCCAGCCAAGAAACCCUGUUAAUACCUCCCUCCGAGCAGGAGGCGGCCCGCAGGCUUGUCCAUGAGCUCCGCACCGCCGUGCUCGAGUGGGGAGGCGAUGCACCCCGGCCCGACGUCUUCAUCGUCCUCCGGCAUAUGGCCCUCAACGCCGACGGUGAGCCUGACGCCCGACGCCUGCAGACCUGGGUACAGAACAUCCCCGAGGAAGUUGAAGAGCAGAUCAUGGGCAUGCAGGUUUUCCGCACGGCGAGGCGCGGCCUGCGACGCCAACUCCAGGAGCAGGAGCAGCAUCAAAUUCAGCAUGAGCAGGGCAUGUCGAGACAGGCGAUUCCCUUGAGACCAACCGUACCGAAAUCACCGUUCAGACCCGACUUUGCGACAGUGGCAGCUCCAUCUGGGGAGCUUCCAGACCUGGCCAGCCCCGUGGAGGGUUCUACGUCGAUGCACUUUGAACCCGACUUCUUCCCCCUUUCCGUAAUGCAGCAGCUCUUUUUCCGCACCACCAUGAAUCGCAGCAUCGAGUUUGCCGCCGUCGCAGGCUCGGGAUUUCGCUUCAGCCAGAGCAUCCUACUCCAAGUCACCGGUGGCGCCGAGGUUGCCGACAUCGAGGCCGCCAUUGACGUACUUACUUCGCGGCACGCGAUGCUGCGAGCGCGAUUUCGCAUGACAGGAGACGGCUGGGCGCAGGUCAUUGCGCCGGCAUCGACGAGCGCCUACCGCUUCGAGCACAAGUACAUCGACUAUGAUACCAGCUUGGGCCAGGGCAAGCAACGCGACCUGCUGGAUGUCAUGGAGCAGGCACAGGCAAGCCUCAACGUCUUUACAGGCCCCGUUUUCGCCGCCGAGCACGUCCGCACCCGCGACAACCGUCAGCUGUUGUACCUGGUCGCACACCACCUCGUUGUCGACCUCGCAUCCUGGCGCAUCCUGCUACAUGACCUGGAUGAGCUUCUGCGAGAAGGUACACUCGCCUCGUCCGCGGCCGAGUCGAUGCCCUUUACCUACUGGACCGACUACCAGAGCUACGAGAACAGCCAACGCCUCGUCGAGCCGGCACUGCCCUUCGAUGUGCGACCCACUGAUCUGGAGUUUUGGGGGCUCCAAGGCAGAUCCAACUGCUACGGCGAUACGCAGCAGAUGGUGUUCGUACUGGGUACAGACAUCGCACAAGCGCUGCAGACGACAUGCAACCAGGUGUUCAGAACAGAGUCGGCCGAUAUCUUCCUUGCUGCGCUGCUCCACUCGUUCCGUCAGACGUUCCCCGAGAGAGCUGGCAUGAUGCCAACUGUGUGGAAGCAGGAGCACGGCCGCGACGCGAGCAAUCAGAACUUCCACAUCGAGCAAACAGUUGGGUGGUUCACCACACUGUGCCCUCUUAGCGUCGGCUCCGACUCCGUGUCAGACGUCAUUGAGCUGAUCAAGCAGCUCAAGGACACGCGAAGGGCUAUCCCUAGAAGCGGCACUCCUUUCUUCACCUCCAAAUUUUCAAACGAGUCUUCUGCCACUUCCACAUCGUCGCAAACCAACUUGCCAGUAGAAAUCAUGUUCAACUGUGUGGAGGCUCUUCACGACCUCGGACGACAUAACAACGGCGUGCUCGAGCCAGUCUGCCCUCCCGAUCGUGAGGUCAGCUCUCUGGCCAGUGACGUUGGCUCUGCGGUUGGUCGCAUCGCCCUCUUUGAGAUCUCCAUCGUCAUUGACGAUCAUGACUGCGGCGCUCGCGUCGAGUUCCUUUUCAACGGCUCGUCCACGCAUGCAGACCGCAUUGCGGCGUGGGUGCGCGGCUUCGAGCGUUCGACGCUCGAGGCGGUUGCUAGGCUGGCGGACAUGGAGCCCCAGCUCACCCUUGCCGACGCGCCCUUCCUCGAAGCCUCGUACGAUGGCAUGUCUAAGCUGGCAUUGAGCAGGCUAGCAGCCGUCGGACUCGACGGUGUCAAAAACAUCGAGACGAUCCGCCCCGUAGAUGCGGUACAACAGGAGAUAAUUGUCGCGCAGGGCCAGCAUGCCGGUUCGUUCCACGUGAGCAGCACGUAUGAGCUUGCCCUGCCAGGCGAUGCCCACGGAGCCGUCGACCAGGGCCGGUUGUGCCAGGCAUGGGAGGCGCUGGUGGGCAUGCACGGUGCGCUGAGGAGCAUUUUCAUCGACAGCGUCUCCGACAAGGGCCUCUACGACCAAGUCGUGCUCCGCAAAGUCUCUCCCGCGAUGCUUUUUCUGGACUCAUCGGAUCCGAUCAAGACGUUGGCUGAUGUGCCCGGCAUGAAGGCACCGCUAUCGCAGCCGAGACACAGACUGACUGUCUGCAAAUCUGAGGGUAAGACAUAUCUGCGCUUCGACGCCAGUCAGGCCAUCUGCGAUCCGUCGAGCGUUCAUAACCUCAUGUCCCAGUUGCAGCAGCUUUACGCUGGCCAGGAGAUCUACCCCGAUGAUCCUCCCUCCCCGCGCCGUGCCUCAACUCAGGACGAUAGCAACCUCUCCAAGUGGAAACAGAAUCUCGAGGGUGCGGUCCCUUGCCUAUUUCCACGUCUUGCCCUCCAGCGCAGUGGCCGUCUGGAAACACGCGGGUUCAGUCUCAACGUCAGCGUCAAGCACAUGUCGCAGUUCUGCACAAAGUACGCGGUCGAGCCCGCAGUUGUGGUGCAACUCGCGUGGGCGCUCGUCCUGCGCACCUUUAUUGGUGACGACAACGUCAUUUUCGGGCAUCAAAUCAGCCGGCGGCGUCAGCCCAUGUUACCGGACUUGGCGCAGGCAGUGGGCAGCUUGACAUCGUUGCUGCCCUGUAAACUCCACUGCCGCGGCGAGCAAAACCUGCUUGACUUGCUUCUGCGGCUACAGGAAAACCUCAACAGCGCCAUGAAGGGAGAGCUGCCAAGCAUGAUGGAGCUCGAGCACGCUCUCGACAUCUGCGGCGAGCCUCUUUUCAACACCUCCGUUUCUUACGCAGACACGACGGAACUCUUUGCUGGUGACGGCAUCUCGUGGCAGCCGACCGUGCUUACGUCGUCUCAGGAUGCCAGUUGUGAAGUCUCCCUCGCGGUGACGCUUGUCAAAGGCGAGCAUUUCAACGUCGACAUCACCUACCUCCACCUCGCGCACGAUCAAGCACACAACGUGGUAAAUUCGUUUGAGCGGGCUCUCCAGUAUCUCCUAUGCUUUCCCACCAUGGCCGUCCAGCAAGUCGACCUAUUCACGGAUCGCGACUACGAUCAAGUCGUUGCCCCGGACUGGGAUCCAGCGCGGAUGGAUGUCAAGGUCUCGGCUUGCAUCAACGAACUCAUCAUGCACCAAGCACGGGAUCGCCCUUACGCUACAGCCGUAUCGUCAUGGGACGGCGAUCUUUCGUACCAGCAGGUGGAGGCUUUUGCGACGAAGCUCUCCACCUACCUCGUGAACCUCGGCGUCGGUCCGGGAGCGCUCGUUCCCGUGGUGCUUGAAAAAUGCCGCUGGGCUCCCAUCAUCAUGCUCGCCGUCCUGCAAGCCGGCGCUUGCUUUGUCAGCCUGGACAUUCAGGAACCGCAAAUAGUCGAGGCCACUAUCCGCCAGCUCGAGCCCCCGCUCGUUCUCGUCACUGAGUCGGGAUGGAAGUAUGUGAACCCCAUCGUUCGCAGCUGCAUCCUCGUCAACCAACCCCUCAUGAACGCGCUUCCGCCUCAAGUGAUGCUCAAGGUUGAGAAGCCGCUGCCCGCGCAGGCCGCCGUCGCCUUCCUCUCGCCCGGCCAGAACGGCCCUCGCGGCAUGUUCUUCACCCACCAGAGCCUUUGCUCCAUCCUCUCAGUCCAGGGGCCAGCCCUGAAGCUGAGCGACCGGAGCAGAGUGCUGCAGCUGUCGGCGUUCAAUGUUGAUAUCGCUCUUGUGGAGGUACUUGGGACGCUGUUGCAUGGUGGAUGCGUAUGCAUUCCAUCCACCUUGGAGCGGACAAAUGAUCUCGAGGGCGUCAUCGCGCGCAUGGACGUCACUUGGACAUACAUGACCUCAGUGCUGGCUCGCAAGAUCGAUCCCUCCAUGGUGCCCAACCUCAAGACCAUCUGCUUUCGCACCAGGAGCCUCGACGAGGACACUUAUACCCCAUGGCUACCCAACCGCGAUGUUCUCCUUGCGUAUGGUGCGCCCGAUGUGUGCCCUAUGGCCAUUUCCGUCCACAAGAUCACGGGCCCCAGGGAGACGAGCGUCAUCGCACCGCCGCUCAUGGGCCGCUUCCUGAUCCUCAACCCGGAGGAUCCUAAGAAACUCGUCCCCACUGGCGCCGUCGGCGAGCUGGCCAUCGACAGUCCUCUCGUGACUCCUCAUCGCUUCAUCCUUGGCCAACCUCUCGUUGACCCAGCCUGCCUCAAUGACCCGUCGCGGAAGGGCAAGUGGCGAUACCUCCGAACGGGCCACCGUGCGCGGUACCUGGACAGGGGACACGUGCGCUUCCUCUCGAGCAUGAGAGACGAUGCCUUGGUGAAUGGGUCUCCGGCAUUCUUGUCAGACAUUGAGCGGCGAAUACGGGGUUGUUUGGCCCGCGGAGUGGAUGUGGCCGUCGAGAGCAUUACUACCAGCGACUCAAUGAACUUGCUAGCCGCUUUCCUCGACUUUGGCGAGGACCCGAAUCGUGGCGCGUACGACCUCAAUUGCCUCGGCCCUGACAUGAAGUUCCGACUUUUCUCUGCCCGACGAGCCGUCGAAGAAGCGCUUGCCAAGCCCGAUCAGGAUGGGAAGAAGCUUCCUUGGCAGAGUAUCCCGCGCGUUUUCGUGCCUGUCAGGGGCUUCCCACUAUCUGCGUCGCUCAAGGUCAACCGUCGCCGGCUGCAGAAACUCAUCUCCUCCCGGUCGUAUUCUCAGCUUGCGGGUCUGGCAGACGGACAGUACGCCGGUGGCCAGCAGCCUGGACAGCAGUCACCCGAUGUCCUUGACCACAAGCCUCUCCCCCUCACACACUCCGAGGAAGCGAUGCGUUCGGUCUGGGCUUCGGUGUUGGGUGCGUCGACGGCCGAGAUCAGGCCGUCGGACAACUUCUUUGAUGCUGGUGGUGACACGCUUCUGGCCACUAAGCUAAUCAUUGCGUGCCGCAAAAGCGGCUUCGACGUAUCCAUCCAGGACAUCCUUAAGGGCGCUACCUUGACGGAGAUUUGUCGGUUCAUUUCGGCAGCCGAAGAGGUUAAAACCAAGGCACGAGGCAAGAAGCAUGCCAAGAAGACGUCCAUCUCAAAGAGGAACUUGGGUCCUCACCACGGCCUUGUCAAGCUCGUCCUGGCGCCUCAGAUCGAGGUUAACUGGCACGACGUCCUUGAUGCCACGGAAGCCUCCUCGCAGCAGGUAUACUACCUGGAGCCUAGUUUGUACAAGCCUCGCGGCGACAUCAAUUGCCUCCUACUCGACUUCAAUGGGUCUGUCCGACCUCAGAGGCUGGAAAGCGCUUGUGAGGCGCUCACGGAACUCCACCCCAUUCUGCGCACCGGCUUUGCCAUUCACGAGUGGCGUGUCUUCCAGGUCGUUAUCGAGUCCUUCAAGGCCGAAUUUGAGCACAAAACAUCCCAUGCCCGCAGCCUCGUCCAGGAGACGGAGCAGGUCAUUCGCGACAGCCAGUCCCUCGACCUCCAGCUAGGCAAGCCGGUCACCAAAUUCACCUUUAUCGAUGCUGGCCAGCAGGGCUGCAAGCUUGUCAUUCGGUACAGCACUGCGCAAGUCGCCGAAGCGGCCGUGCCGCAGCUCGUUCAAGACCUCAUCAAGCUGUACGCGGACCCGGCCACGACCCCUCGCCGACCCAGCUUCCUUGAGUACUCACGAGCUGUCUCGGGUGCUCGCUUCGAAGACAGCGUGCGGCAUUGGCGCAAGCGGCUUGAGGGCUCACAGAUCACGCAAAUCGUGCCUCACUCGCGCCCCUGCGCUCCCGUCCGGGACUGUACGACCUUGCGCGAGACGGUGGAUAUUUCACCCCUAAGCGACUUUGGCAUCGGCUUCGAUACUGUGCUCAAGACCGCCUGGUCUAUGGUCCUGGCGACGCUGACGGGCCAGACGGACGUCGUCUUUGCCGAGCUUGUUGAAGGCCGUCGCAUGAAGCUCGAAACCAACAUCGAUGUCUCGCACAUUGUAGGACCGAUGGAGAACACUGUCCCCGUGCGCAUCAGAUUCCCAAUCACUCACACCUCACCGCUGCAGACUAUGCAGCAUGUCCAGCGCGAAUGCAUCGCCUCCCUACCAUAUGAAGCCUUGGGUGCACAGGCAAUCGUCAAGGAGUGCACCGAGUGGCCCAACUGGAGCCAGUUCAGCACCAUCGUGCGACAUCGAUCACAAGUGCCUGUUGAUGGUUACACGACGCUCAACAUUGAGAACACCACUUUCACAUACAACAUCAUGGAAGGCGAGGCCCGCAACGUGCCUGAUCUGUUUGCGGCGUCGACCAUGAUUGGGCCAGGGAAGGUUUCGCUCGCGCUGACCUUUUCCCCUGGCCGCGUGCCCGUCGACUACGCUACCGCAGCUAUGGAGCUGCUAAUCGGCGCGGUGAAGAGCCUCGCGUGCUAUGACACAGUCAGCCAGCCGAUCCUGCCACCUGCCUGCGACUAUCAAGGCUCCGUCCCGCGGGUCUUGCUUGAGAAGCAGGACGACGGCGCCUCGGCCCUGACGGGUCCCAGCAUGCUCGAUGCCAACAGCUGGCUCCCAGCAGAACACCGUAAUCUUAUUCAGGGCUACCUCACCUCAACAUGGAAUGAAAUUCUCAACCCCGGGAGUGUUGGCCAAUCCGAAGAAUCCAUUCAGCUUUCACGAUUCUACGAUAUCUCGGGCUCCCUCAUGCCAGCCUUCCUGUAUGCGGACCGUCUCAAUCGCGGUCUGCAACGCCUCGAAGUCCAGGGCAUGGAAAUGGUACACAUCACGCCUGAAGAUAUGAUCAACAACCCGACGUUAAAUUCACAGAUGGACCUCGUGGUUCGCAAGAUGCGUGAUCUAGGUAUCACCACGAAGCUCGCCAAGCUAGUACGGCGCCAGACAACCAGCGGUCUCGCCGCCGCGCUCCUCGGAGGCGCCGGUAACAGCAAUGUCACUGCCAACAACAACACCACCAACACCAGCAGCAGUGGUAGUCAGGGUUUGAUUGGGAAGAUGACUGGCUCGUCCACGUCGGGAUUCCGCAAGCACGCAGCCCAGCACCGUCGCGAAGUUAGCACGGGCAGUAUGCGCGACUUCGGCGCCCGCGUCGGCGGCCUCAUGCGCCAUCGCGUGAUUCGCGGGACCGACAAGUCGUCGCCCGGCCGGAGCGAGUCGCCUUUCCCCAGGGACAUGGCAGUGAGCCCUCCCGGAGCGGGCGCUAUCGGCAUGAUUCCCGAGGCGGUAGGCGACGUCAGCCCACUAAGCGCCUCAGCGCCGCAAGAAGGGUGGCGCGGUGACGCAGACCUGGCGCGUAGAAGGAAGCAUGGGAGCGGAAGCGCAAGCCCCGUUUCGCCAGUCCGGACGUCCCUGGAUGGGAAGACUGCGGCAGGCCCAGGGCCACGGAGUUUCUUUGAACUUUGAUCGACUCUUCACCUGUCAAUUGUGAUUUUAUGUUGCUAUUUAGCGGGCGUCAAAGGGGAGGCCCUAGGGACUUGAGGCCGGUUUUUUGCAUACUGCUCGGGCGUCUAUUCAUGUCUUGGAUCAGCCGGCCAAAAAGGGGUUAUUUGAUUCCUUUUUUUUUCUUCCUGUUCACUUCAUUGCGCGGCGUAUGGCGGAAAGGGCUGAACGCAAGUACGAAGUAUGUAUAUGGUAUUCCAACGAGAAUGACGACAGUGAUGAGGGUUCCUUUCGCAAACGUGAUUGCUGGCGCAGUAGUGAGAGAAGGGCCUCGCAACGGGCAGACAGACAGAAGAGCAGUCG